AUGUGCCCCCCUCCGCCAACAGUUGCCUUGAACCUUACUGGAUGGUUUGCAAAACCAAAACCGACACCUCUUCCGACUCCGAAGCAGCGGAGUGGAGAACGGUUGAAAGUGUUGCAUCUGUCAGACGUCCAUCUAGAUCCCAGAUAUGCAACUGGAGCCGAAGCUAACUGCAGUUCCGGCACGUGCUGUCGAGCCAACAAACCCAACCCCCUCAGUCCAAACUCUGCUCUUUUACCCGCUCCACGAUUCGGAGCUUAUCAUUGCGACACACCAUUAUCUCUGACUCUAUCUGGUCUUGAGGCGAUACCCGUUCUCACAGGCACUAAUGGCAGCGGAUUCGCUUGGACAUUGUACACUGGAGACAUGGUUUCCCAUGACCCCGACAAUCAGCUUUCGAGGCGUUACUCCAUUCUCUAUGGCCUAUUCAAACGCAUGCUUGGUAGCGGGCCUUUAUACGCUGCUUUGGGAAAUCAUGACAGUUACAACCAGGCUCAGGAUGCUCCACAUUCUCUUGGAGGAGCGCUUGCUCAGCAAUUCAGCUGGAACUACGACCAUGUUGCAAGCCUGUGGGAGCAUGAGCAAUGGCUCCCGCAGUCUGCGGUUCAGUUAGCACGCUCCCAUUAUUCGGCCUACAUGGUCAGACGCGCUGAUGGGCUGAGAGUCAUCUCUCUGAAUACCGACUUGUGGUAUCGGGCCAAUUACUUCAACUACAUUAACAUGACCAAUCCAGAUAAUUCCGGGAUGUUACGAUUCCUGACGGAUGAAUUACAAGAUGCGGAAGAUGCAGGCGAUCGAGUCUGGAUCAUGGGACACGUCCUUACAGGUUGGGACGGCACAAAUCCGUUGAGGAACCCCACCAAUCUCUUUUAUCAGAUUGUUGAUCGCUAUUCACCUCAUGUCAUCGCAAACAUCUUUUUUGGGCACACGCACGAGGAUCAAAUGAAUAUAUUCUACACGAACAAUGCCACUGAAAUGACAUCAGAGGCCGCGACAGCGGUUUCAUGGAUAGGCCCUUCGUUGACCCCUAAUAAUAACCUGAACUCGGGAUUCCGUGUGUACGAAGUCGAUUCUGCGACGUUCGAAAUUAUGGACGCGCAUACAUGGAAGAGUGAUGUCGAUUCGUUUCCUGCAUUGGAUCCUCAAGUCGAGUUCGGUCCGACUUACUCUUACGAAUACAACACGCGCGAGGCGUAUGGAGGCGGUAUUCGUGGAUGGAGUGCAGACGAUCCGCUUAACGCGACGUGGUGGCAUCUUGUCACCGAAGCCAUGGAAGCGGGUUCAAGUCUCGUCACGACUUUCAACACAUUUCAGGGCAAAAGUUCCGUUCAAACACCUCCAUGCGUCGGUGACUGCAUCGCAGCCAAAGUCUGCUACAUCAGAAGCGGUUCCGCCCCAAUCGCCAUGCAGAACUGCAAGCAAGGUUUUGGAUCGGUUCAAUAA